AGUUAGGCUUGACUUGGGCUUCUCCACUGUGUAAGCCUCCGUCCCAUCAUCCACCGUCCCCUCUCUCUCUCUCUCUCUCUCUCUCUCUCUCGCCGGCGACAUCGAUCGGAGCCAUGGGAAGCGGCGAAUUGCGGUACGAGAUCGCUCAGAACGCCUACAUAAAGCUCGUCCUCCACGCCCUGAAGCACAAGGCCGCCGCCGUCAACGGCGUCCUCCUUGGCCGCCACUCCGAUCGCGGCGAGGCCGUCGAGGUCCUCGACGCCGUCCCCCUCUUCCACUCUCACCUCGGCCUCCUCCCCAAUCUCGAGAUCUCCCUCCUCCUGAUAGAGGAGUAUUAUGGAUCAAAAGGGAUGAGUAUUGUGGGAUACUUUCAUGCAAACGAGAGGUACGAUGAUACCGAGCUUGGUGGUGUUGCUAGAAAUAUUGGAGACCACAUUUUUCGGUAUUUUCCGCAGGCCGCAUUACUCUUGUUAGAUAAUAAGAAGCUUGAGGCUUUGUCAAACGGGAAGGAUCGGUCUCCUGUCAUGCAGCUUUACACACGGGAUUCAUCCAAGAACUGGAAGUUAGUCUCAUCAGAUGGAAGUAACCGGUUAAUUACCAAGGAACCAUCUGCAAAUGUGGUCCUGUUGGAUUACAUUUCAUCUGGAAAAUGGCACGAUGUUUUCGAUUUUGAUGACCAUCUUGAUGACAUAACCAAGGACUGGCUGAAUCCAGAUCUGUUCAAGUGACACCAUUUGGGAUUUCUGGGCUUUCAUUUUUGUCCGAUUGGCAUUGUCCACUAGUUGACCCCAGGGUCCACCUCUGCUAUCCGCAUUUAGGAGCACAAGAGAAGAUAUAGCUUCACCAAGUGCCCUUUCUUUCUCAAACGAAAAUCCUCUUUCUAGAAUUAGUGAGAGAAUCAAUUAUUUCCCUUUCCCGUUUUAGUGUGUCCAAGAGACGACAAGUAUUUGUUUCUUGCAUAACUCCAAUGCAUGGUUCAUCGGUAGGGUAUGAAGUUGUUAUUGGAAAAAUGGUUUAUGCUGGUUUUUGCUAAUUUUUUCCUUGCGUAAUGUAUGGCUGAUACGUAUGCCUGAGACUGAUGAUAUUGGAUGAAUAUGAUACAGUGUGGUGGACGCAAAA